AUGCAAGAAUCAAACCGCAUCCAUAAAGCCCUCGCGAAAGGUGAUCCCAGCUAUGGAGUGUGGCAAAUGCUCCCUGGGACAAACCUCACUCGGACUAUGUGCCGAUCAGCAACGAAUAUCGAUUGGAUCCUGGUAGACCAGGAGCACGGCAACAUCUCAGAUGACUCGAUGCACGAAAUGGUCGCGGCUGCAGCGGCUUGCGGAGUAUCGCCUAUCGUUCGUGUGGUUGAAGGUCAACAAUGGAUGAUCAAGCGCGCUCUGGAUGCCGGGGCACACGGCAUUCUUGUCCCGGUAUUAGAAACGCCUGAAGAAGCUGAAAGAGUCAUCAACUAUUCCAAGUAUCCGCCACUGGGAAAGCGAGGGUUUGAGCCGCUCCUUGCGGUGGAAAAGUUCGUCGAACAGCACCCUCACGGACGCGGAGUGAAACAAUUGACUGGCCUCGAGUAUUUGGCGCAAGCCAACAGCUCUUUGGUCACGGCCGUGCAAAUCGAGACAAAAGCAGCGCUCCAAAAUGUCAAGGAGAUUGCUGCGGUGCCAGGCGUCGACGUCCUUUUCAUCGGGCCCUUUGACCUCGGCCUCAAUAUUGGACAUCCAAUUCCUGCUUCAGGAGAGAUGGAUCGCGAGCUUGUCGAUGCAAUUGAGUCUAUUCAUGCGACAGCGCUAGAGGCUGGUAAACUCAGCGGUAUCUACUGUGACACCGGUGAGCAAGCUAGAGAGUACGCAGACAAAGGGUUCCGCAUGAUCAGCGUGGUAACAGAUAUGAUCGCUCUCCGCAAGAUAUUCAAGCAGAAUCUGAAUUUCCUUCAGGAAUAA